UUCAUAUAUUUAUUUAUGGCUUCAUUGAGUUCGAGAAGGUCAACCUGGACAGCCCAAGAAAACAAGGUAUUCGAGAGGGCUUUAGCACAUUACGAUACCGAAACACCCGACAGAUGGCACAACAUUGCAAGGGCCGUGGGCGGUGGCAAGACGGCAGAAGACUGCAAGUCUCACUUCCAACUGCUUCUGGAAGAUGUAUGGAAAAUCGAGUCUGGUCGUGUUCCCUUUCCAAAUUACAUGCAUUCAUCAUGAAAGGCCGCAGCCUUGCUUAAUUCUCAUGAAGAAUACACGAAAGAACAAGUGUGGCCAUUGUAAGGAAGGCCUCCACUUAUAAUUCAUCUACUUUUACUCUUUUAUUCUAUUUUAAUGUCAUG